UGGUAGGAAAACUACUCUGAAUUGAAAUACUCUUUUGACAUUUCCACCCGUAGUUGCUUUCUCCCCACACAAAGGUUAUAAGAAAAGUCAUGUAACGGAGAGAAGCUAGGAAAUGAAACUUUGUGCGUCGUUUCCCCCUUAAUAUAUAUAGAGCUCGGAUUUGAUGAAGUCAUACACAGAGUUUAAUUUGUAUAAGUUGAAAUGAAUACUUUAUUCAGCUUAAGUAUUAUCGCAAUAGUCCUUUCCUCAGUGGCUUUGCUGUGGAAAAUCUGGAAGUGGGUGUGGAUUGAGCCAAAGAAGCUGGAGAAGAAGCUCAGACAACAGGGCUUCAAUGGAAACUCUUACCGGCCGCCGUUCGGAGACCUUAAAGAGACUGUCGCGUUAAUGGAAGAAGCCAACUCCAAGCCUAUCCGUUUCACCGACCCAACUGUACCCAGAAUUUUGCCAUUCCUUGACAAAACUAUUAACGAUUAUGGCAAGAAAGCCUUUAUGUGGAUGGGGCCAACACCAGAGGUGUUAAUCACGGAUCCUGAACUAAUCAGAGAGAUAUUCUCCAAACACACAAUCUUUCAAAAACCUCCGAGUAACCCACUGAUUAAGCUGUUUGCCCAAGGACUAGCCAUGUAUGAGAAAGACAAAUGGGCCAAGCACAGAAAACUUCUCAAUCCAGCUUUUCACAUUGAUAAGCUCAAGCAUAUGGUGCCAGCAUUCUACUUAAGUUGUUCCGAGAUGCUAAGCGAUUGGGACAAAAUCGUCGGAGCAGAAGGAUCAGAGUUGGAUGUUUGUCCUUUUUUGAAAACACUCACAGCUGAUGCAAUUUCAAGAACAGCUUUUGGAAGUUCCUAUGAAGAAGGAAGAAAGAUAUUUGAACUUCAGAAGGAACAAGCACAGCUUGCUGUCCAAGCAUCCCGCUCACUAUACAUUCCUGGUUUAAGGUUUCUACCGACUAAGACGAACAGGAGGAUGAAGCAAAUAUUCUACCAAGUAAGAUCUUUAGUGCUUGGAAUGAUUGAUAAAAGAAUGGAGGCAAUCCAGUCAGGGGGAGCUACAAGUGAUGACUUGUUGGGUAUAAUGUUAGAAUCAAACCUUAAUGAAAUCCAAGAGAAUCACAAUAAGAGUUAUGGAAUGACUAUAGACGAAAUAAUAGAGGAAUGCAAAUUGUUCUACUUUGCUGGUCAAGAAACAACCUCCACUUUGCUAAUUUGGACAAUGAUAUUGUUGGGCAAGCAUUUGGAUUGGCAAGAGCGCGCCAGAGAUGAGAUUAUGCAAGUCAUUGGCACAAUUGGGGAGCCUGACUUUGAAAAGUUAAAUCAACUCAAAAUUGUACCAAUGAUCUUCAAUGAGGUUUUGAGGCUAUAUCCGCCAGGGAUUAUGUUUGGUCGAACACUUCAAGAAGACACGAAGUUAGGAAACAUGAACCUACCUGCUGGAGUAAACCUUAUAUUGCCACUAAUUGUGCUGCAACAAGAUGAAGAAAUGUGGGGUGAAGAUGCAAAGGAGUUCAAUCCGGGGAGGUUUAGAGAGGGAGUUAGCAAAGCAACCAAAGGGCAGUUCUCAUUCGCCCCAUUCGGUUGGGGACCUCGGAUAUGCAUUGGACAGAACUUCGCUGUGUUAGAGGCUAAGAUGGCAAUUGCUAUGAUUCUAAGGCGGUAUGCUUUCGAGUUGUCCCCAUCUUAUGCUCAUGCUCCUCAAGCUGUAACCGCUCUGGUUCCUCAAUUCGGUGCUCACUUAAUUUUGAAAAAAUUAGAGAGACAUUAGAUGGAGAUUUUUAGUUAUGUAUGGGUAUGUUUUUCUUUCAUGUUAUUCAUUCAUAAUCAUGUACGGAGUAAUUUAAAUCCGAGACUAGCAUUUCAUUGCAAAACUUAAAGUUUGUAGUAAAGUUUAGAGGUCUUUGUACUCUAUAGGGUUAAUUAUAUAUGGCCAUACCCAGUGUUCUAAGAGGGGCGGUGAUUGGCCGCCUAGCGCCUAGCCCGCCUCGGCACUAACUAGGGCGCGUAGGUAUUCCCCCUUAUUUCUUUGUUUUAUUUUUAUUUCCUUUGAAUUUUAAAUAUGUUACUAAUAAUUUUAUAAUAUUUUGACAAUAGAAGUAGCUCAUAUAAACAUUAAA